AUGAACAAAUUGCCAGUUAAUGAUGCGUUGGAUGAUAUUGAAGUAGAGGCAUUUGAUUUUAUUUGGGAAGAAUGGGAAGAAUAUAAAGGAGAUAUUCCAUUAUGGCAACACAUAUUUUGUGGUAGCAUUGCAGGGAUUAUGGAGCAUGUAUUUAUGUACCCCCUAGAUACUCUUAAAACUUAUAUUCAAACAAAUGGUUGUAUAAAAGAUAAAAGUUGUUUUGAAACAUGUAAUAUAUAUAAUGGUGAAAAUAACAAUAAGGUAAAUUUAAAAGAAGCCAAUGGUAAUAACAUUAUGUAUACUGACAAAAGAAAAUUUUGUAGUUCCUCAAUGGGUUGUAACAAUUGUAUAUAUAAUACAUCAUGUAAUUAUAAUGCUAUUUAUAAUAUGAAGCCAUUUGGUAACUUUAAUAAGAAACAAGCUAGAGAUAUAAAUACAUAUAAUAAAGUAAAAAUAAGAAAAAAAAUAGAUAUUAAUAAUGGGUUUAACAAUCUACCAAUUCGAGAAGAGAAGAUGACAUCAUGUAUGAUGAAUAAAAAAUUAAAAAAACAUACUUAUUUAAAUAAAAUAAUGAAUAAUAACAGUAAAAGUUUUAGUACAAAUUGUGAAAAUACUAACCAAAUUGGUGUUACUGAACAUAAGUAUAAAAAUUCUCUUAAUAAAUUACCAUCUACAUAUUGUGGUAAAAAUAAAAGAAUAAAAUUGUUGAUAAAUAAUAUUGAAAAUUAUGAUUGUAGUAAAUAUUGUGGAGGCUUGGUUGAAGAAAAAAGUGGAUCUUCAAACCAAUUUAUGAAGAAGAGUAAUAAAAGUUUAAAAGGGUUUACAAAUAAUGAAACAUUAAAUAGUGGUAAAAUUGGAGAUUAUAAUAUAAAUAAAAAUUAUAUUCGAAAUAAAGGGAUAAACAAAUUACUAUCUAUCCAUUCUGUUAAUAAUAAUAAAGAAUUAAAAUUUAUAAAAUAUAAAAAGAUACCAUGGAAAUGUAUUAUAAAAAGAAAUCAAAUGUACAAAAAUGAAUGUAAAAGAAAUGGGUUGAAUUUUUUAAAUAGAAAUAGAAGAAUAUACCUUUUAAAAAAUGUUGAAAAGAAGAAAAAUGGAAUGAAUUUAAAUACUCGAGAUAUAUAUGUUAGCCAACUAAAAAGAAAAAGAGAAAAUAAAUUAUUAUCACAAUUUUCUCAUAAAAUUGAAGGUAUUAAAAAUCCUAAAAAUUUGAUAGGUGUAAAUAUGAAUAGUGGUGAUGUAAAUAUUUUUAAAAAUUCGAUUAAUAAUGUGAUUAAUAAAUAUUUGUCAAAUAGUACUAGCUCAAACAAUUUUGAUAUAGAAAAGGGGAAGAAAUCUUUUAAUUUUUCAAUGCGUAAUUUUAUAUACAACAAUAGUUAUAUAAAUAAAGAAAUGAAUAUGCUUAAAGAUACGCUGGUUAAAUGGUGUGGCAAUAAUAAUAUUUCUUCUUCUGCUGCUUCAACAAACCCACUUAAGCCAAGUACUUCCAAAAUAGGUGGUAACCAUUUUUUUAAUAUUUUGAAUUUCCAUAAAAAUAGUGAAAAAGGGACACUUAAUUUAUUUCCACAUAUAAUUAAAAAUAGUUUUUUAAAAAUAAAACAAGGACAAAAAAAAAAUGGAUUUAUAAAAAAUUCUGAAGGCAUAAGAAGUGGAUUUUCUUUAUUCUCAAUCAAUGAUCAUAUAAGAAAAAACAAUUUAAAUAAUUUUUCUAUAUUAAGAAAUAGUAAUAAAAUUUUAUUUAAUAAUAUAUGUUAUGUUACAAAAAAUUAUAAGCACAAUAAAAAUGAUAAAAAAAUAUAUUUGUCUAAUAUACGAAGUUACCAUAAAAAUUGUCAUAAUAUUAAUUCGAUUUAUAGUGCAUUUGAUAGCAAUUUAAAAAAUGGAAAUUUUGUAAAAAAUAUAUUUUAUGACAAAAAUAUUAACAGAAUAAAUAUAUCAACAUCUCAAAGCAGGGGAUUAAUAAAAAAUAAUGUUUCAAAUUUAUAUAAAGGUGUUAAUGUUGUAGUGUUGGGAUGUAUACCUGCACAUGCAUUAUACUUUUCGACAUUUGAAUAUUCUAAGAAAUAUUUUGCAAAUAUUGAUACAAAUAAUAGCCCUAUAAAGGUAAUGAAAAGUGAUAUUGGAAAUAAUGGGAAUGAUGAUAAAAUAAUUAAAGUUGAAUAUAAAUUAAAUGAUCUUAAUUAUUUUAGUAUAGCUAUUUGUGGAUUUCUUGCCACAAUUGCUCAUGAUUUAAUUAUUGCACCUAUCGAUACAAUAAAACAACGAGUGCAAUUAGGAAUAAAUAAAAGUUCCCUAGAUUCAAUAAAACUAAUGAAAGAAUAUGGUAUAAGAAGUUUAUAUUUAAGUUUGCCAAUAACAUUACUUAUGAAUAUACCUUAUCAAAUUAUUAUGAUAUGUGUUAACGAAAAAAUGAAGAAGCAUUAUUUUGAGUAUACAAAUGGAAUAAAUGGGACGAAGAAAAAUAAUAAUAAUAAUUUUGAAAAAAAAAAAAAUACAAAUACUGAAAAGAUAGAUCAAGAAAUUGGAUUAAUAAGUAAUUUAAAAAAUAUGAAUGAUGAUCAAAGUAACAAAUUAAUUAAGGAGCAUAUUGAAAAGGAUAUGUUUUCUAUAGGGGGUUUGAAUAUAAAUGAUGAGGGUAGAUAUAUGGAUGGAAGUGUAGAAAAUAUAGAUGGACAUGGUGGAGCAUAUCUUUGUGAGAGCAAUGGAAAUGAUUCAUUUAAAAGGUUUACUAAUAAAUCGGAAAAGGAAUCGAAUAAUUAUUCAGAAAAUUAUAAUAAUUAUAAAAAUAACAUCAAUAAAAUGAAUAACUCGUUAAAAUUUCAAAGAGAAUAUUUUAAUAAUAACAAUAAUAUGGAACUAAAAAAUGGGUAUGCCUCUAAUUACAACAAAAAUGAAUUUUUUAGUAAAUAUUUUAAUCAUAUAACAUCCUAUUUUGUAUGUGCGGGUAUUGGAGGAGGUAUAGCAGCAGUUGCAACGAAUCCCUUAGAUGUAGUAAAAACAAGAAUACAAACAGAAUGCUUUAAUUCCAAAAGUUUCAAUUUUUUUAAAAUAGUUUCAAAUAUAUAUUACAAAGAAGGUAGCCGUUCUUUUUUCAAAGGUUCGAUGGCAAGAAUGGCUUUAUGCAUACCAGCGUCAGCAAUAUCAUGGGGAACUUAUGAAACAAUGAAACAAUUUUUCAAAGUGAAUUUUAACGAUGCAUAA